UGAUAACAAACAAAACUAAAAAGUACACAACAUCAAUAAUAACAGUAAAUGAAUAGCCUAGAUCCAGAAGGCUAUGUAAACGUAAACGAAACUGAAAGUAAUGUCAUCAGAGAAGUCUUUUGUCGCCGUCGGUGGAAUACGAAUCCCCAAAAGAAACGGAGAGGCUAGGAUAUCACGAGAGGUGUGAAGUUUUGACAACUUCUUGUCGACUGGAUGAACGACCCUUGAUCUCUCCGGCUGGGCCUUUUGAACCUUCUUCCAUCUUCCCGUCAUUUCAUGACUAUGGAUUGGAAAGCAAGCAUUCGCCAGUUCUGACUUGAAAACGGAAAGUUACAUAUAUAGACCAACAGGAAAAAGCACAGCUAUAGAAUUAAUGUUAGAAGUAGUCUUAAUUGGAGAAAAACAUGGAAGUUUAUGAUGACUUUGAGACUCAAGUCAUUUCUGUAGAAGAAUCGUCAGACAGUGAGUUAUUGGUUGUAUCUGAAAAUGACAAUCUUGUCAUCUCUGAAACUAGUGAAAUUUCAAGUGAUGACAAUCUUGAAAACCCCACAAAAGAAAUAAUUACAGGAGAUGGUCUUCCCAGGAAAUAUGAAGAUGUUUUGAGUUUGAGAGAUCCUUGUGGGAAAACUGAAAAUGACACACCUAAAGGUGAGAGCGACAGUGGUGAUUCAGAGAGUAUCCUGUCUCAGCAUCCUUCAGGAAGUUCUUGGAAGAAGUCAAACAAUGAGAAAGGGAACAAGGGUUUGCUCACAGAAAGUGUUUUUGAUGACAGUGAUUCUGACUGCGAGAAUUCUCAAAGUAUUUUUUCCUGUCAAUCCUGGACACAGGCUAAGGAUACUCAAUCGCAUAAACCUGCUAGAAAAAGCAGUUCUGCUAUGGACAUCCUUGAUUCUAUGAAAAAGCGGAAAGGUGAUGUUUCAGAGUUGAUAAAGAGGGCAAAAAGUAGAAGAACUGAAAAGGAACAUGUUGAAGUUAUUGAUGUUGAGUACCUUGCUUCAAACAGAACUCUGGCUCUCAACGAUGACCACGAUAAACUCUCGGGAACGGAAGAUGAGGCGCUUGUUGUGGAAGAGAUGGAGACAAAUGACAAUAAUAAUUGUAGUAAUGAUAUUGUUAGUGAGAGUACGCUAGAGUACCCACUUGAUGGAAAUUUGUCAGAUUGUAUUCCUGUGUCAGAUGAGGAAAAAUCCAUCCCUCUGUUGUCGUCAGAUUCUACCAUCUUGUAUGGUGAGACUGCAGACUUUUUGCCGAAGGCGAAUAACGCUGUUGUAGGAUUGUCUGGGAAUGAAUCAGUUGUAAAAAGUAGUGUGCAAUCAAGUGAGUCGUGCUCGACAUUUGAUUACAACCCUCUAGGCUUGGCAAAACUGAUUAAUAAAGAAAGUGAGAUACCAAGCCUCUCUCAAGAAGUGUCUUUUCAGGGCAUUCCUGUAAAGGGCUACUGCAUGAUAGAAUCAGGCGAGGGCAGUUCAAGAAGUUCAAGUUCCUUUCGCUCCAUGCCAUCUCUUGAAAAAAUUACGUCAUUUGAAGACAAGGUAACAAGUCCUGGAGGUCAUAAAAGCCUAGCUGAUGGUUCUUUGAAUAACGAGCGGUCCAUGUCCCCACCUGUCUUGUCUCAAUAUGGUUCAGGAAAAGGAUCACAGGUUUUAUGUCUGCGGAAAGGCUCUUUGUCUCCUCCACAGUUGUCACAGUGUCUGUCGUCAAGUGCACAUGUUUCUCUCACUAAUGACAAAUCAGAGGCAACGUCAAAUGCAUUAUCACGUAAAGAAACGGGGAAACUUUCUUUGAAGAAAGGGAACUCGGAUCAAGGAUCAUAUUGUUCACCAAUGUUCACCCAAGACACUGGGUCUGAGGGAGAAGUCAGAGAUAAUGUUGACAAUGCAAUUGUUAUGCUAGGAGACUCGGAGUCGGGAGAUGGUGCGAAGCUGUGCAGUGAAGAAAAGCACUUAGGAGAGUCGUUUGUCCCUGACAGUCCUCAAAGAACAUCCACUCCCUGUGACCCUUUCAAAAGGGGUAUCACGGCCAGGCCAUCGAAAGACCCUAAUGAAACUUCUUCCACAGUUUCCCCUAUAAUACCGCAAAAGUUACAAGUCAGUGACCUGGAAGAAAGUGACAGCAGGGUCAAUUUUGACAGUGCCAGGGAUGUUGAAAGCGACACAGACUCAUUGCCAGACUUGAAUUUCUCCGUUGAAGUUCAUCUGAGCAAAAACCACCAGAAUGCUCCGGCAGUUGUGAAAGCAGAAACGGAACAAGAGUUAAAUAUUGACACAGAGGUCAGUUAUUCCGUGGUGGACGAUAUGGUGUACAUUUUCGAUUCGGAUGACGAAGAAUUUUUCUACAGCCAGUCGAUGGUGGAUUCCACUCACGAGGAUGCGGAGGAGGGACAAGAGGAGGAGGACAAGGGGGACUCUCCCUGGUGGGAGGACGGGGACAACGAUUACCUCUGUGAGCUGUCCGGAGAAGUUGAGCAAGAGAAAGGAAAAGGCUCAGCUGAGGGUAACCCUGCUGACAGGGAUGGUGUCUCAGUGGACUCAGAUGAUGGUGACCGGCUGUUGCAGUCUACUGGGGAGCCAAAAGAAUACGAGCUGGUCUCUCUUCCUCUCGAUAGGCCGUUGUCCAGCGGGGUUUUUGAUAAAAUUCUCUAUCCAGGUGGCAAGGAUGAGGGUUCCAGUUUGCCCACCAGGGUGUCCCAGUACGGAACGGAAACUGCAGCAGAGGCUGAGGUUCCAGCGGAGUGUAACGGUGAAGACCUGGGUCCCACCGCCCAAUACAAUGCUCAGACUUUAGUGACAGAUGAUUUUUACGGUGCUUUUGGUGCUUUUACUCAGGCGGACAAGGAGAUGGAUGAGAGCGAGUUUCUUUGUCACUCCCAGUUGGAUUAUUGUGAUUAUUCGUCGGAUGAUGACAUACUAACAAUGUCGGUGGAUGACGAAGGAGAAAAGUCACCCCAGGCCCCUGAUGAAAAUGUGGCAGCAGCCUAUCAUGGUCCUACUCAGGUUGAUAAAAUAAUCGAUGACUUUCAUGGUGCUACACAGGUUGAUAACAUGAACGAUGACUUUCAUGGUCCAACUCAGGUCGAUAAAAGUAAAAGUAAUGAUGCUUAUGGUGGUUCUACUCAAAUUGAUACAAUGGAUGACGCCUACCAUAGCAGAACUGAAUCUGGAAAUGUGAAUUAUGGCUAUUUUGGUCCGAUUCGGACAGAUAAGAUGAGCAGCGGCUGUCAUGGUGGGACUCGAGUUGGUGGGGUGGACAUGGACAAGGGCUAUCUUGGCCCUACGCAAGUUGAUAAGGUGGACGAUGCUUAUCUGGGCCCAACUCAAGUUGAUGUAGUAGAUGAUGAUGCCUUUACUGCCCAGACUCAGUACGAUGUGGUCGAUGAUGCCUUUGGUGGCCAGACUCAGUGUGAUUUGGUAAGUGAUGACGCUGAUUGUGAAAUGAGCACUCGGGUGAAAGAAAGUGAAGUGGUGCCUGGGGCUAGCGCUCAGUUAGACCCUGCAUAUGAGAUAGAUACAGACAUUGAUGAUGACGAUAUAAACAAUAUUGAGAGUGGCGUAGAUGACUCGGCCUAUGACCUUUCUACUCAAAUUGAUGGCCUUGAAGUUGGUGAUGAAGUAGGUGCUGGCCAGACAGCAAACUCCAAGUGUGGUUCCCCUACUAGGUCUCAUGCUGAAAAUGUCUCUGAUCCUGCGUAUGAAGUCAGCACUCAGCAAGAUGAACCUCCUGUUCAGCUCUCGCCCAGUGGCAAAAGUAGUGGUAUGGUUCGUCCUAAAUUUUCCUGGACUCUUUCCAGUAAGAAGAAAGACAAGAACAAAACUGGUGUAGGAAGAGAAGUUCUGACUAGUGAAAAGAACGUGCUCGGCGAUGUGAUCAGUUCUGACAGAGCUGACAUAUCUGAUGCUGACGGCAGUGCCAGUGACAUUGAUGAGUACAUGAUGGCCACUCAAGUAGACCCAGAAGACACGACCGCCCUUGAACACGACCAGAAAGAGAGCAAGAACCAGUUGGGUUCUGGAGAAAAUGACGAGGACGCCCGGUGUGACGGUGACUCGGAUGGAAGACAAAGCAAGAGUGUGUCGUUGUCGUCUAACCCAGCAGAAAUUUUGUCUUUACGAAGCCAGGUAGUAGCUGCUGAUCAAUCCAGUGAUGAGGAUUUGCUGACAGAUUUCUUUACCCAACAGACUUUGUCCAUGGAGGAUCAGCACGAUGACAUAUCCUCUGACGAGGGUCAUGAGAGUGCUCUAGAAGAUGAGGGAGUUAUUAUUCUUUCAGAUGCCUCUAAUGCUCCAGUUGAGAAUGUGAAUUCUAAAAUUUCUGUGAAAUCUGUAUUAGUUCCGAGGGAUGUCCAGAAGACUGCAAAAGGGACAGUCCAAGACGAAACCGGCAAAGGUAAAAUUUCAUCGCCUCUUUGUUCAGAUCGAGUUAGUCUUUCUGACGAGGGCACACAAGAGUAUGACUAUCAAGCCGAGCUCGGUAAGCAGGAUUCUCCACAGGAAGCUCUGGCGGGCACUGGGGAAAUGUUCAGUAAAACGCAUCUGAAGGAGUAUAGAGCUUCAGGAAAGCACACAGAGCAUGCUGCUUCUUAUUUAAGAAGGCCUGUUGAUCUGCAAGAAAAGACGAGUGAGGAAAAUGUACAGGAUAAAGGCGUAGAAGUUCAAACCUCCAGAUCAAACAAGAGUCUACGGAAAAAAAGUAAGUCUUCUAAACAUUUAUCAGACAUUUGCAGAAAAGAUGUGGUGAGUGCGGCAGGAAAGAAUAUGGCUUGCCUCAAGGUGGUUGAGGGAGGAAGAACUGAUGUAACGCAUCGCCCUGAUGUUCAGAAGAAUGUAGAUUUAGAUGUGAGAAGCCUGAAGAAAAGUGCAGAGAAAGAGGGUGGGUCUACAAAGCGGGUCUGUGAAACAGAGUUGCAGAGUGUCUCCAAAAAACAGAAAGUUGAACAGGUGCAUGAAAGCGGGAGUGCGUGGCUGUCAAAAAAGAAGCCACAGGAAGCAAGUACCCGCAAAAGCUCGGGGCAAGAAACAGCCUCGAAAGGCAAACAGAAAGAUCAGAGAAGCUUUACUAAGAAGACUGCAUCGUCUUCAAAAAGUACAAAAACAAAAGCUGGAGUAAGACUUACACCUGACCUUUCUUCAGGUAUAGCAGCAGCUAAGAGAUUGUUACAAGAGAGACAGAAAGCAUCUGACAACUCAGCCAAAGACUGGCGAACACACGCCUCCCGAGAGGAGCCUGGACAAAGUGACUUAUGUGACGUUGAAAUGCCUUCUACUCAAGACAGGAUGGCAUUUGGCCUGCCCAUUCUGGAACAAGACUUGCCGGUAGACAAGAAGAGGUUGGAAAGAAAGUCUUCGGGCAAAAGCAGCUCCCAGUCUGAAUCGGCAAAGAAGCACCAACAACGUAAAUCCCCAGAUUUACCUGAGGCUGGUGUUUCUUCCCUCAAGUCCAGUUCUAAGAGCAGCAAAGAUCCUCUCGCAGCGAGGCAAAAGACAGCUGGAGUGUGUCUCCCUCACAGAGCCGCAGAGCUCCCAACUCCGUCCAGUGAGAGGACCACGCCACCAGUUCCACUGGCCUCGACAUCUCCUGAGGAAACUGCUGCCUCAGAAAAUAGGAGCUCCACUUCCAAUGCCCAUGUAAAAAGUAGCGCUCGAACAAUAUUUAUUUCACCACCACCACAAUCAUCAUCAUCAUCAACAUCAUCAUCAUCAUCAUCAUCAUCAUCAUCAUCAUCAUCAUCAUCAAGACCAUCAUCAUCGCCAUCAUCAUCCUCAUCAUCACCACCAGUCGUGGUGACAUCCUCGGAGUGUUCAGCUACUGCGUCUGUUUCAACCUGGAGCACAGUUCAAACAUCGGCGGUGGCUCUCUCCUCCUCCUCCUCCACACCCUCGACGUCCCCACGGACGCAAACAGCAGUUCCAACCGUUUCACCAUUGGUGCCAUUCUCCUCUCCAAAGCCACUGCGGCUGCCCACGAAAGACCUCCCAACCCCAACACGGAAAACCACGUUCAGGGAACCAGAGAAUGCUCAGCCAGUAGCAUCAGCAGCCACAACGGCUGCGGCCCCUCCCAACAGUGUCAUAGUGAUCUCUCCUGACGCCCCAAAGAGGAAAGGCAUUUUGAAAGACCGGAACGUGAAUACCUGCGAGGGAUUUAGCAGGGGCCACCGGGGACGUGUGAAUUUUGACACCUCCAGAAACCAGACGAUUGAAGUGAGGCGUGUGGUCAACCCCGCUGGGCAGGUGGCUAGGACCCAGCCACCUGUUCGACUGGCGCAAACAGAGUGUCUGACAGAGGCCAAGUUUUUCUCUUCAUUCCUCUUCUGGAAUACCGCCUGGCUUGCUGAACAUGAUAAAAUACAAAGAGACGGCGUGACCAAGAGCUACCCAUCACUUCUGCGGUCCUCGGAUAAGAAAGUGUGCCAGCUUCGGCUGUAUUAUGAAAGCAUGAAGGAGUACCAAGAGGUCACCUCAAAUCUUCAGCUUUACGAGAUUUGGGACAUGGUGUACCAGGACUGGGUGAAAGUGUCGAGGCCUCCGGAGUUGUCAGUGCAGAUGGGGCCAGAGAUCUCCAACAGUGAGGCGUUCAAGAGACAAGGUUUACUGUCUCUGGUGGUGUCAGGUGUGGUCAAGAGUUCUGACCGGUCACACAUCCCUCGCGUGGCCGACCUGGUCAUCCUUGACCUGUUGGGCACUGCCAAGUCAUCAGGGGCGAGGCAACUGGGGUGGUGCACGCAGUUUGCCUUUGUGAAAAGUGUGGACUCGCGUCCUGUCGGUCAACGCAGAGAAGCUUUACAAAAGUGCAAACUGUUGGAGUCACUCCCAGAGUCCAGGAGUAGGGAGAGUCUGGUGUACACGCUGAAGCUCAUAGUUCGAUUCAGGAGUGUCCCGGUGGGCUCAGAACUCUGGCGUCUCAAAAGAGUGUCCUCACUGACCACGGUGUGGCGCCAGGCCCAGGCUCUGCUGGCCAUGCCCUCCAGCCCCCUCGGCGACCAGCUGCUUCUGCCGGCGCUCAACAGCGUCUACUUUCCCUCCGAGUGGGCCGCCGCGGCUGUGGAGAGGAUAGAGGGUUUGAACCCAGAACAACGAUCUGCCGUUGUGAAAGUGACGCGCUCCGUCCUAGGCAGCCCCCAGGACCUGAAGGUGUUCCUUCUACAGGGUCCUCCAGGCACGGGCAAGUCCCACACCAUUGUGGCCAUGAUCCACCACAUUCUCUACAAGUCAAAUUUUCGGGCACGCAUUUGCCUAGCGGCUCCCUCCAAUGCUGCUGUGGAUGAGCUGGCCAGGAGGGUCAUUAAGUUUAAUAAAAAACUGGAAGAGAAAAAGCUGCAGAAACUGUUGUUGGUGAGGUUAGGCAAGGUGGACAGUGUCCACGCGGAGGUGAAGCCCUUCCACUGGGAUGCUUUGGUGGACACUUACUGCAGAACAAGUCUCCAACGUAAUGUACCGGAGAGUGUACGGAAGGAGCUGGAGUAUCUCAAGGGGCGCAUCACCCACCUGGAAAAGUCUGUCAACGAUCCAGCCACCCCAGAAGCUCAGGUUUCUGUGAAGAGAUCAGACCUGGUUCAGUUACGGAAACAAUUGCAGAAUCUGGAGAGUGAGGGCGGCCUUGGGAGAAAGCCUACACCUCGAGAGCGUUACACUGGCCAGUGUGUGGUACUGGACCGCGCCAACAUUGUGUGCGGAACCCUCAGCAGUUUUGGGUCGGAUCAGGCCCAGCAGAUUCUUCUGCGCAAAGAGGAGCCUCGUCAUCAACAGCCCUUCUCCUGUCUUAUUAUUGAUGAGGCAACCCAAGCAAUAGAAAUGGACUGCUUAAUUCCCCUGCAGUACAAAGUGACCAAACUAAUACUUGUCGGUGACCACAAGCAGCUGCCAGCCACAGUCAUCUCACAAAAAGCUCGCGAGCUUCGCCUGGACCGCUCCCUGUUUGAGAGGCUGCACCAGCACUUUGAGAUGCUGUGCCAGGACGGAGAGUGUGAGAGCCCCCUCAUGUCGCUCCACGAGCAGUACCGCAUGCAUCCGGACAUCUUGGCUCUGCCGAAUGCUUACUUCUACGAAGACAGACUAACCACUGCCAGUGCAAUUUCCUCCCGUCAGUCGGUGUUAGAGCCGUACUUGGUGUUUGACGUCCGUGAGGGAAUGGAGGUGGCGAGCCACAGCAGAUCGUUCUCCAACCCUGUGGAAGCAUCCUGCAUAGCCCAGCUGUGUGCGGCCGUGCUGGAUGUGUUUGCCGUUGCAAGUCGUGGUCGACGCGAACACUUCCAGAACAGAAUCGGAAUCAUAUGCCCCUACACGGACCAGAAGUCGAAUAUUCUCGAACAGUUGAGAAAGAUCAACCUGCGCGAGGUGGUGGUCAACACAGUGGACGGCUUCCAGGGACAGGAGCGUGAUGUCAUCAUCAUGUCGUGUGUGCGAGCUCAGAGCAACCCCACAACAAUUGGAUUUGUGGAGAACCAGAAACGUAUGAACGUGGCCCUGACUCGAGCCAAACUGGCGCUAUACGUGGUUGGACACUUUGAGACUUUGAGCACUUCCGACUUGUGGGGUUACCUGUACAAGGAUGCGGAGAAACGGAACAAGCUGGUCUCGGUACACAGGGCUUCCCAGUUCUCCGCGAUGGCUGAAAGAUGUGUGAGAGUACGGGACGGCUGCAGGCUAAAGUCUGGGCUUGCCUCAGGUCCUGGGGCAAGGCAUGCAGCACCACAGCGCGUGUGAAAUAGUGUGAAAAAACAGGUCGGGAUGUGUGAAAUAAUGUGAAAUGACAGCACAGCAAGUGUGAAAUAAUGUGAAAUGACAGCACAGCAAGGGUGAAAUAAUGUGAAAUGACAGCACAACUAGUGUGAAAUAAUGUGAAAUGACAGCACAACAAGUGUGAAAUAAUGUGAAAUGACAGCACAGCGCGUGUGAAAUAAUGUGCAAUAAUGAGAAAUGAAAGAACAGGAUGUGUGAAAUAAUGUGAAAUGACAGCACAGGGCAUGUGAAAUAAUGUGACAAAUAUCAGCUUUUUGGUUGUCUUGCCAUUGGAUCAGGCUGUCAGAAGAUGCCACUUUUGAUCCUGCUUCUUUUCGGUAUACGGUGUAGAACGAUGAAUACAGGGAUCACACACACACACACACACACACACACACACACACACACACAUACAUAGCGAGCAUGCACAGCAAACAAGCACAUAAGGUAAGAUCAGAUAGAAUGAGAUACAUCUUUAUUGUUCAGAUCCUGGCUCACUGGUUUGACGUUUCCUAUGCCCAAAAUUUGACGAGCCCCUGAUUCCACUGCGUUGUGACACAUGUUGAGAGUAUUUGUCUUUCAGCUGGCUGAAUGAUAGAACUCCUCAGUAUUGGCCUUGACAGGCAGCAGCCGCCCUCCUACUCUGCCGUCAUAGGAAAAAAGGACGAAUAUCGGAAAUUGGGUCAUAUAGAGAUAUCGAUACCAUGUGAAAGAGCAUGAAAAACUGCAUCUUUUGAACCAGAAUACUUUAUUUUGGUAUUGGAAGUAUCGUCAUAAUUUUUUCUUUUAAAUUUAUUUUAUAUUUUAUGAAAGAAAGACGAAUCUCCGGUCCUACUGUGAAAAAAGGACAAAUACCGAGAGGUUCGUCCUCAGCUAUAUAUUAGCAAGUGAAAAGGAAAAACCGUUUACGAAAAAGCGACAAAUAUACCAAUAUUCUUCCUUCUUCGCCAAAACAUGCCUACGUUACAAUGCCACAGGUCUUAUGAUGAAUUACCAAAAGGGUCAAAUCCUGGCAUAUCAGGCAUUGAUCCCCGCAGUGUCAAGAGUGUUGCACGCAGUAAGACGACCAGCACGACUGCAUGUGUACACUCACCAGAAUUUGAACCCCAGAUCUUUGGCUCCAGCGGCAAAGCGCAAUUAAAUAACAGUCUGGAAGCUGCAAAACACUUACAAAAAAACCAGACGAACCUCAAAUAUCACAGAAACGAAAAAUCCAGUAAGUUAUUAUUUGACAACGUCGGGUGAAAGAAAGACGAAUAUCGGCAUUCGUCCUUUUCGCAUAAAAUACUAAUUAAAACUUCAUCAAUCUGUUAUGAAAGAAUGACUUUUGUCUUCUCACACAAAAUUUUGUUGAUAUUUCAAAACAAAAUUUUAACUACGAGUGCAUAAUUGCUCCAUCCUUCCUCCUUCCAAAAAUCAAGUUAUAAAGAAAAUAAAAAAACCAACUUUUUAAACGUGAGACGAAUAAAUUUGAUUUUUUGGCUCUCUUGGAAAAUAGGUAUGUCGCGAUUUUCGUCCUUUUUCCCCAAGACGGCAGAACUAUAUGAUCUAAGCUAUAUUAUGAUAUGUCAGCAGAGGUGUAAAAACAUUUGUGAGGUGUGCUGACAAAAUGAGUCACUUACUUACUCUCUUGUAACACCUCUAAUCUUUGGCGCUCAUACAAACUAAUUGUGUUGCGAGUGUCGUAAAACUCCAACUAAAACAUAAAACCUAAAACGAAGUAUUGAAAUGCGUGUUGGUGUGUCACCAGUGGCAUCAGCUGCGUGUGGAGAACAGCUGUAGUGUGUUACUUCAGGACUCCUUCUUUGAACUCUCAUAUAUUGGCCCUCAUAUGACUUUUUGCAGUUGAGAAGACUGUAAAUACCUAACUUUAC